GUGGUCUUCAAUAUGAGCAAGCCUGCUGGUUCAACAAGUGGUUGUCUGGAUAUUUUAAAUGUCAAAUCCAGUCGGAUUCUGGAUAUUCCGUGUAAAGUAUGUGGAGACCGAAGUUCUGGAAAGCACUACGGUGUUUAUGCGUGUGAUGGAUGCUCGGGAUUUUUCAAGAGAAGCAUAAGGAGAAACAGAACGUAUGUCUGCAAAUCUGGCACACAGGGCGGCUGUCCAGUUGACAAGACACACAGAAAUCAGUGUCGCGCCUGUCGCUUGAAAAAAUGUCUAGAAGUGAAUAUGAAUAAAGAUGCUGUGCAGCACGAAAGGGGACCGAGGACAUCAACUAUUCGAAAACAGGUGGCACUCUAUUUCCGAGGGCAUAAAGAGGUGAACGGUUCGUCGACCCAUUUCCCAUCCACGUCUAUCCCGGGGCCGCCGUUUUUCACUACAGUCACACAGCUGGAGCCUCACAAUCUGGAGUUAAACACGGUCACAAGCACACCGGAAAGACAGGCGAUUGUGGGACUUGCCCAGCCCACACCAAAGUACCCUCAUGAAGUUAGCGGCACCCCUAUGUACCUGUAUGAAGUGGCGACCGAGUCGGUGUGCGAAUCAGCCGCGCGUCUGCUCUUCAUGAGCAUUAAAUGGGCCAAGAGCGUUCCUGCCUUCUCCACACUCCCUCUACCUGAUCAGUUGAUCCUUUUAGAAGAUGCAUGGAGAGAACUGUUCGUGCUGGGCAUUGCGCAGUGGGCCAUUCCAGUAGACUCCAGUACCCUCCUAGCUGUUUCAGGAAUGAACACCGAGAACACAGAUUCCCAGAGGCUCAACAAAAUAAUUUCGGAGAUCCAGGCGCUGCAGGAGGUCGUGACGCGCUUCAGGCAGCUCAGGCUGGACGCGACUGAGUUUGCUUGUCUCAAGUGCAUAGUCACAUUCAAAGCAGUUCCAACACACAGUGGCUCGGAACUGAGGAGCUUUCGCAACGCGAGUGCCAUUGCAGCACUUCAAGACGAAGCCCAGCUGACUCUUAACAGCUACAUUCACACCAGGUACCCCACUCAGCCAUGUCGCUUUGGGAAACUGCUGUUGCUCUUGCCUGCUCUACGUUCAGUCGGUCCAUCCACCAUUGAAGAGGUGUUCUUCAAAAAGACCAUUGGAAACGUUCCCAUCACACGACUGCUCUCCGACAUGUACAAAUCCAGCGAUAUAUGA